AUGGGGCAACGAACAUCCACCGCCAGCCACCAACAACCAGCAAAGAAUACCACCAAUCACAGUAACAAUAAUAAUCAUGAAACCCGAACCAAACUCUCGCCCUCUGAUAUUCAAAAAUGUUUGUCUCUCUCCGAGGGAACCACUUUUAUUUCUCAACAAGCCCGUAAUUUUCUUCCGAACUCGAUGAAUCAAUAUUCCAUUUUGAAUCUUGAUCAUAAUGAAAAAUUAAGUAAAAUUUUGGAAAUGAAAAUUCUUCAAGAAAUGAACAAUCCACAAGACCAUACAGAAAUAACACGCUCAAUACUAGAACAAAAAUUGGAGCAAUGUAAAAAGCAGGCAAAGGAACGCGUGUUUGCGCUUUUCGAGCCUCAAGAGAAUGGUUCUAGAAUCGAAGAAAGUCGUGCAUUUGCGUGCUUUUUAGGAUUAAUGAUUGGUGAUGCAAUGGGAUCUCCGUUUGAAUUUUCAGCCUGUCGAUUUCCUCGACAUGUACUUCACGAAAACGACAUGCUUGUUGACAAAGCUUGGAAAAACGAUCCAGAGUUUUUUGAAUUGACUUCCAUGAGUGAUGUGAAGGUUUGGACAAAUCCAAACUACAAUCGAUUUGGAUUGAAACCAGGACAAUACACGGAUGAUUCUUCAAUGGCAUUGUGUGUUUUGGACACAUUUGUGACUAAAGUUCUUGAUGAAAUUUAUGAACGAGCGUGUCAAAAAGAUGAAUCAUUGCUGGAGUUUGAUUUUGAUUUUAAGGGCCAAGACAUGAGACUUCGAUUUUUAAAUUGGUGGUACUUUGGUUAUAAUAAUGCAUUUGGAAAAGAUGAAACCAAUCCUGGUGCUGGUAGUUCAUGUGGUCUUGGUGGAAAUAUCAAACAAAGUUUGCUUGAGUUUAUGAAAAAUUCAAACAAUGAAGUGACUCUUGCUGGAGAUUCAAAUACUUCAGGAAAUGGUAGCCUUAUGAGGAAUUCACCCGUUGCAGUGGUUUGUUUUAAAUACAUUUCCAGUCACUCCACAGAGCCUUUGGAAAAAGUCAUGAAAAUGGCUUACAAGCACAGCAAAACAACGCAUCAGGGAGAAGAAGCAGCAGAACUCUGUCGAUUAUUAACUUUUAUUGUUGUGAAAGCAGUUAAGGCUGAGGUCACACACAGCCCACAGCAGGUCAAGCAACAAAUUUUCGACUCUUUACGCGACGGAGAGUUUGUCAGCACACUUCCAAGUGUGAAUUGUUUAGUCAAAAGUCAGGUUGAAAACAAUGACGCUACUGGUCGCAAUUGGAAUUGGUUGGAUGUCAAUUACAAAUUUUGUGAGGACCGAGUUCAAAAAGAUCCUGGUUAUUGUGGAUCCUACGCGAUGGAUGCUAUGGCGAUGGCUCUUCAUAACAUUUAUUACACAGAUAACUUUACAGAUGCCAUUUUGUUGACGGCAAAUAUGAGAGGUGACAGCGACAGUGUUGCCGCUGUGGUAGGUCAAAUUGCUGGAGCCAUCUAUGGCUUACAACAAAUUCCAAGAGAAUGGAUUGAAACCAUUCUGCAAUGGGACUACAACAAUGACAUUCUGCUGAGAUUGUCCAUGAUUUAUUUCCAUGAUAUUUAA